AUGUCCGGCAUCACCACCGCACCCCACGUCGUGGAGGACUUCCUCGGCGUCGUCCAGCUCCUCAGCGACGGGUCCGUCGUCCGCGCAGACAAAUCCGUCCUCACUCCACCGGGAGUGACAUUCCCCGGCGUCCCGGGCGUUCAGUGGAGGCAAGUCGUGUACGACCCGGCGCGCGGCCUCAGGGUCCGCCUGUACACGUCGCCGGAGGCCGCGCCCAAAGGCGGCAGGCGGCUCCCGGUGCUCGUGUGCUUCCACGGAGGCGGCUAUUGCAUCGGUGCUUACGACCAACCCGGGUUCCACGCUUUCUGCCAGCACGUCGCCGCCGAGGUCCCCGCCAUCGUGCUCUCCGUUCAGUACCGCCUCGCUCCCGAGCACCGUCUCCCCGCUGCCAUCGAGGACGCCGCGACGUUCUUCUCCUGGCUGCGCGCGCAGGCCGCACCGGCACCGGGCGCGGCCGCCGACCCGUGGCUUGCCGAAUCGGCCGACUUCUCCAGGACGUUCGUGUCCGGCGUGUCGGCCGGUGCCAACCUGGCUCACCACGUCGUGGUCCGAAUCGCCUCCGGGCAGAUCGUGCCUGGCCCGGUGCGCGUCGCCGGAUACGUCCUCUUCUCCGCGUUCUUUGGCAGCGACGAGCGCGUGGCGUCGGAGUCCCAUCCCCCGGCCGGCGUGUCCGUGACGGUGGAGUCGCUCGACAUAGCCUGGCGCAUGGCGCUGCCGUUGGGAGCCACCAGGGACCACCCGCUGGCGAACCCGUUCGGCCCCGACAGCCCAAGCCUGGAGCCGUUGCCGUUGCCGCUGCCGCCGGCGCUCGUCGUGGCGCCCGGGCGCGACGUGCUGUAUGACCAUAUGCUUCGCUACGCCGCCAGGCUCAAGGAGAUGGGGAAGGCCGUGGAGCUCGCCGAGUUCGCUGGGGAGCGACAUGGCUUCUCUGUCGGACAGUGGAGCGAGGCGACAGAGGAGUUGAUGCGAAUCCUGAAGCAGUUCAUAAACCACGGCGCCGCCACCGCCGUGCUCAAGAGAGGUCAUAGGCUGGUUACUUGGUAG